AAACCCUAUGCUUCCCGUCGUGACGUUUGCUUAAUUUCAACGUCAUUGUCCGGCGAGAAAGACACCGACGCCCAUUCUUUCGAAGCCAGAUCUCAGAUUCCCCAUUUAAGUGCAAAUAGCACGUUCCAGAUCUGUACGUUAUACAGAAAAUCAUGGCGCAAGUCACAGAAAAAUCCCCAUCAAAGCCUUCUUUCAACUUAUAAACACUGUGAUCACUCAUCGAUCCCCGCUCUCAGUUGCCGGCGGACAGUUUCCCAAAGUCGCGUCUUCAAUGGAGGACGCCUUUGCCAGAUCUGUUUCAGAGGUUCUGGAAUUCUUUGGUGUGGACCCAACAAAAGGCCUAGCUGAUUCCCAGGUUGCAGAACAUGCUAGACUUUAUGGUAGAAAUGUGCUGCCUCAGGAGGGAAGUAAGUACAUGCCCUUGCCUCUCUUUCUUUGGCACGCCCUUCUGGAGACUGGUUUUGAAGCAAUUUGAUGAUUUACUGGUCAAGAUAUUAAUUGCUGCUGCCGCUGUCUCUUUCUUUUUGGCUUUAAUGAAUGGAGAGACAGGCUUAACAGCAUUUUUGGAGCCUUCGGUUAUCCUAAUGAUAUUGGCUGCUAAUGCAGCAGUAGGAGUAAUUACAGAAACAAAUGCUGAAAAGGCUCUUGAAGAGCUCCGUGCAUACCAAGCUGACGUUGCAACUGUCUUGCGAAAUGGUUGCUUCUCAAUAUUACCUGCAACGGAUCUUGUCCCUGGGGAUAUUGUAGAAGUUAGUGUGGGAUGCAAAAUUCCAGCAGAUAUGAGAAUGAUUGAGAUGUUAACUGAUCAAUUGCGUGUUGAUCAAGCAAUUCUCACAGGUGAGAGCUGUUCUGUGGGAAAGGAGCUUGGUUCUACCCUAGCAACGAAAGCUGUGUACCAGGACAAAACAAACAUCCUCUUCUCGGGAACGGUAGUAGUUGCCGGUAGGGCAAGAGCUGUUGUUGUUGGGGUUGGCUCUAACACCGCGAUGGGCAGUAUUCGUGAUUCUAUGCUGAGAACAGAAGACGAAGUCACACCGUUGAAAAAGAAGCUGGAUGAGUUCGGUACUUUUUUGGCAAAGGUUAUUGCAGGUAUUUGUGUACUGGUAUGGGUUGUAAACAUUGGUCAUUUUCGUGAUCCGGCUCAUGGUGGCUUCUUACGAGGAGCAAUCCAUUACUUCAAGAUUGCAGUUGCUCUUGCAGUUGCAGCUAUUCCUGAAGGGCUUCCUGCUGUUGUCACCACGUGUUUGGCCCUUGGAACCAAACGGAUGGCUCGGAUGAAUGCCAUUGUAAGGUCUCUGCCAUCUGUAGAGACCUUAGGCUGUACAACAGUAAUUUGCAGUGACAAAACUGGUACUCUGACAACUAAUAUGAUGUCUGUCUCGAAGAUAUGUGUGCUUCAUUCUGUACAUCAUGGUCCCAGUACUACUGAAUACGGUGUCAGCGGGACGACAUAUGCACCAGAUGGCUUUAUUUUUAGCACCACUGGGAUGCAGUUGGAGUUUCCGGCUCAAUUGCCUUGUCUUCUCCACAUAGCAAUGUGUUCAGCCCUAUGUAACGAGUCUGUUUUACAAUACAACCCAGACAAGGGGAACUAUGAAAAAAUUGGCGAGUCAACUGAAGUAGCCCUUCGGGUAUUGGCAGAGAAGGUUGGGCUUCCAGGAUUUGAUGCUAUGCCUUCUGCUCUGAAUAUGCUGAGCAACCAUGAACGAGCUUCUUACUGUAAUCAUUAUUGGGAGAGUCAGUUUAAAAAGGUCUCUGUUUUGGAAUUUUCACGCGAUCGCAAGAUGAUGAGUGUCCUUUGUAGCCGGAAGCAGAUGGAGAUUAUGUUCUCUAAAGGUGCUCCGGAGAGCAUCAUUUCUAGAUGUACAAGUGUCCUUUGCAAUGACGAUGGUUCCACUGUUCCACUAACUGCAAAUAUACGAGAUGAGCUGGAGUCAAGAUUCCGCAGCUUUGCAGGGAAGGAAACCUUAAGAUGUCUUGCACUAGCCUUGAAAAGGAUGCCCAUGGGUCAGCAGGCUUUGUCAUUUGAUGAUGAAAAAGACCUUACGUUUAUUGGGUUGGUUGGAAUGCUUGAUCCACCAAGAGAGGAAGUAAGCAAUGCAAUACUCUCGUGCAUGACUGCUGGCAUACGCGUUAUAGUUGUCACAGGGGAUAACAAGAGUACUGCAGAAUCACUAUGUCAGAAGAUAGGUGCUUUCAAUCACUUGGAAGAUUUUGCUGGGUACUCUUACACUGCUUCUGAGUUUGAAGAACUACCAGCAUUGCAAAAAACUGUGGCAUUGCAACGUAUGACGUUGUUUACCAGGGUUGAGCCAUCUCAUAAAAGGAUGCUAGUUGAAGCAUUACAGCACCAAAAUGAAGUGGUGGCAAUGACGGGUGACGGAGUAAAUGAUGCACCUGCACUAAGGAAAGCCGACAUAGGAAUUGCCAUGGGAUCAGGGACAGCAGUUGCUAAGAGUGCUUCCGAUAUGGUUUUGGCAGAUGACAAUUUUGCUACAAUUGUUGCGGCUGUUGCAGAGGGAAGAGCUAUAUACAACAACACAAAACAGUUUAUCCGCUACAUGAUAUCUUCGAACAUUGGCGAAGUUGUUUGUAUUUUUGUGGCAGCUGUACUGGGAAUACCUGAUACUCUUGUACCUGUCCAGCUGCUCUGGGUAAAUUUAGUUACUGAUGGAUUGCCUGCCACUGCUAUUGGUUUUAAUAAGCAAGACUGCGAUGUGAUGAAGGCAAAACCCCGAAAGGUUAAUGAAGCAGUUGUCACUGGUUGGCUGUUCUUCCGUUAUCUUGUUAUAGGAGCUUACGUUGGACUUGCCACCAUUGCGGGCUUCGUUUGGUGGUUUGUUUAUGCUGAUAGUGGGCCUAAACUACCAUAUGUUGAAUUGAUGAAUUUCGACACUUGUUCAAGUAGGGAAACAAAUUACUCCUGUAGUGUAUUCACUGACCGGCAUCCAUCAACUGUGGCAAUGACAGUGCUGGUUGUUGUUGAGAUGUUCAAUGCCUUGAAUAAUCUCAGUGAAAAUCAAUCCCUUCUUGUUAUCCCUCCCUGGAGUAAUUUGUGGCUUGUUGGUUCAAUUGUCUUGACCAUGCUCCUUCACAUACUUGUCUUGUACGUGGGGCCUCUAUCUUCUCUUUUCUCCGUGACGCCUUUGUCUUGGGCUGAGUGGACUGUUGUUUUAUAUAUUUCAUUCCCUGUAAUAAUAAUUGACGAGAUACUGAAGUUCUUCUCAAGAAAUUCAAGUGGAAUACGGUUCAAGUUGAGACUCAGAAGAGGUGAUAUACUCCCAAAGAGAGAAGUACGCGACAAGUGAAAAUCGGAAACCCGUGUCAACAACAAUUUUGCUGGAGGCUCAUGUUAUAUUACUUACGCUGCUGUCUUGUUUUCAUCUCCAUUGUGUCAACUACCCUUAAUCGUUCCUCAAUACAAGCUCAGACUACAUUGAAGUCCGUUUAUAAAAGAACUCGGACUAUAUCAUUCAGCCGUGACUUUUGUCGACACUCAUUGCUUCCAGCAUUUGGUGUGAACGAAUCGCCAAAAAAGGAUGAGGACAACAGCGGUUGUUUUGGGAUGUUUCAACAAAUAGCUUUUCCAAACAUGCUGUCUGGCACUAAUUUACGGAGGAUUCAAGGGUUUUUUUUUUUUUGGACAUGAGAGAAUUCAAGGGUUUGGCUGUUGUUCUCCGCUCUACAGAAAACUUACUUCCCUGCUGUUGUAUAUGGAGAUGGAACUCAUGGAAAGAUCAUAUUCUCAUUCAUUGUUAGUUUUCAUAGAAUAACAAUAAAACAAUCCAUACUAAAACAAUGUUGUUAAACUUCUAGCAUCAUUUGAAACAUUGGAUUGACCAUGGUAGAAUCCUGCAACUUUAUUGGAAAUAUGAACAGGGGUGACGGCCGUUUUGUAAA